UAAAAGGGCUAAUUGGCUCCCUCUGCUGCCCAGUCGCGCCGCCAGAGGGCUGCGAGAAGGGAGUAGUUAGGCGGCCCGUGUGCAGGCGACAGGGGACUGAAGAGCGCGCCGCCCUCCCAUCGCACUUCGCAGGUGUGUGAACCUGUAAAAUUAAGUCUUCCAUCAUGAUCUGGUGUAUUUUAAUUGUAGCGAUUCUACUUCCCCAGUCUUUGGCCCAUCCAGGCUUUUUUACAUCAAUUGGUCAGAUGACUGAUUUGAUCUAUACUGAGAAAGAUCUGGUGACUUCCCUGAAAGACUAUAUUAAGGCAGAAGAGGACAAAUUAGAACAAAUAAAAAAAUGGGCAGAGAAGUUAGAUCGGCUAACCAGCACAGCAACAAAAGAUCCAGAAGGAUUUGUUGGGCACCCUGUAAAUGCAUUCAAGUUAGUGAAACGUCUGAACACUGAGUGGAGUGAGUUGGAGAAUCUGGUCCUUAAGGAUAUGUCAGAUGGCUUUAUCUCUAACCUAACCGUUCAGAGACAGUACUUCCCUAAUGAUGAAGAUCAGGUUGGGGCAGCCAAAGCUCUGUUGCGUCUCCAGGACACCUACAAUUUGGAUACAGAUACCAUCUCAAAGGGUAAUCUUCCAGGAGUAAAACACAAAUCUUUUCUAACAGUUGAGGACUGUUUUGAGUUGGGCAAAGUGGCCUAUACGGAAGCAGAUUAUUACCAUACAGAGCUGUGGAUGGAACAAGCACUAAGGCAGCUGGAUGAAGGCGAGGUUUCUACCAUUGAUAAAGUCUCUGUUCUAGAUUAUUUGAGCUAUGCAGUGUACCAGCAGGGAGACCUGGAUAAGGCACUUUUGCUUACAAAGAAGCUUCUUGAACUAGAUCCUGAGCAUCAGAGAGCUAAUGGUAACUUAAAAUAUUUUGAGUAUAUAAUGGCCAAAGAAAAAGAUGACAAUAAGUCUGCUUCAGAUGACCAAUCUGAUCAGAAAACCACAUCAAAGAAAAAAGGGGUUGCUGUGGAUUACCUGCCAGAGAGACAGAAGUACGAAAUGCUGUGCCGUGGGGAGGGUAUCAAAAUGACUCCUCGGAGACAGAAAAAACUCUUUUGCCGCUACCAUGAUGGAAACCGGAAUCCUAAAUUUAUUUUGGCUCCAGCCAAACAAGAGGAUGAGUGGGAUAAGCCUCGUAUUAUUCGCUUCCAUGAUAUUAUUUCUGAUGCAGAAAUUGAAAUUGUCAAAGAUCUAGCAAAACCAAGGCUGAGGCGAGCCACCAUUUCAAACCCAAUAACAGGAGACUUGGAGACGGUACAUUACAGAAUUAGCAAAAGUGCCUGGCUCUCUGGCUAUGAAAACCCUGUGGUGUCUCGAAUUAAUAUGAGAAUACAAGAUCUAACAGGAUUAGAUGUUUCCACAGCAGAGGAAUUACAGGUAGCCAAUUAUGGAGUUGGAGGACAGUAUGAACCCCAUUUUGAUUUUGCACGGAAAGACGAGCCAGAUGCUUUCAAAGAGCUGGGGACAGGAAAUAGAAUUGCUACAUGGCUGUUUUAUAUGAGUGAUGUGUCAGCAGGAGGAGCCACUGUUUUUCCUGAAGUAGGAGCUAGUGUUUGGCCCAAAAAGGGAACUGCUGUUUUCUGGUAUAAUCUGUUUGCCAGUGGAGAAGGAGAUUAUAGUACACGGCAUGCAGCCUGUCCAGUGCUAGUUGGAAACAAAUGGGUAUCCAAUAAAUGGCUCCAUGAACGUGGACAAGAAUUUCGAAGACCUUGCACCUUGUCAGAAUUGGAAUGACACAUAGGCUUCCUUUCCUCUCCUGUUGUGCUCUAAUGUGUCUGAUACAUACAUUUCCCAGUCUUAACAUUCAAAAGUUUACAAUUGACUAACACUCCAUGAUUGAUUCAGUCAUGAACCUCAUCCAAUGUUUCAUCUGUGGACAAUCACUAACUUUUGGGGUUUUCUCUUUUAAAAGUAACACUCAGUCAUCACAUUGUUCAUAUAAAACCUUAAAGUUCAGUUGGUAUCACAGAGGACAAAGCAAAGCAGAGUUAAAAAUGAGGAAUUUUUGUAUUUUAAAGAACUUUUUGGUUGGAUAAAAAAUACAAUUUCAGCAUCUGAUUAUAGUAACUAUGUAGGCAUUAUGUUUACCUAGUCUUACUCCUUGUUUUCUGGAUGUGCCUGAAGACUAGGAAUAAACUGGGCCUCUAAUCUGGGUUCCAUAUGAUGUUUGCCCCUCCAUAUGCUAUUCUAAGUUGAUUUUUUUCCUCCCAAGUUCGUUUUAAAGAAAGUAUGUUGUAUUUUACCAAUCCCUUCUCUCAUAGCUCCUCUGUGGUGAAUUAAAUUUGAGUGAAAAUACUUUGAUUCAAAAAAAUUUUUUUAACACAAAGUCCUACAUAACCACACUGGGCCUUCUAACUAAAAUGAUCAUCACUUAGUCUUUUUCUUAAGUGACUGAUGAUUUUGUCCAUAAAAUUUGCUCUUUUUCUUAGUGCUAAUACCUUGCCUCUUACUCCUACUACAGCAGGGUGGUGAUAUUAGCAUUCUGAUUAAAUAAAUAUUGUGCCUUAUGAGACUGGAAAUUUUAAAAUGUACAAGUCCUUUCAAUGAUGAGGGAAUUGAUAAAAAAGGAAUUUUUUUCCUAAAAAGCCAAAAUGUUUGUUUUUUCAAUUCUGAAAUAUGUUGUGACAACAAUGACCUAUUUAUGAUCUUAAAUCUUUUUAAAAAAUG